UUGUUGUGCGCCUGCGCGCCUCUCUAUGGCGGCUGAAUUUGCAUGAGAGCGGCGAGUGGAGGGAACUUCGCAGGGCCACGGAGAAUGCUCAGUAAUAAGGAGCAACCAACAUUUUCUACUUACAAUACUGUUUCUGUGAAACGGUGUCACGUUAACGAAGGACUCAUGUGUUUGGGGCCCUUGUGAUGGCCGGAAAUGGAGGUCCAGGCAAGAAAGGGCCUCGGGGAACGUUAUCCCGAAGUGACAACAUCAGGAAAAGGGCAAGCAAGAAGUCUGGGCAGGGAGCAGAAGAUGCGUCACCUUCUGUCUCGAUUGCGUCAUUUUUUAAUAAGGUGCCCCCUUCCGCAGUGCCCUGUCCCCUGUGUGGGCAGACGGUGUCCCGAUUCCAAAUCAACCAGCAUAUUGACGAGGUGUGUCCGCAGAACCGUGGUGCUGACGACGACGUGAUUCUGGUUGAGCCCGCAUCUGGUGCGGGUACUUCGGGGGGUGAUUGGCCGAGCUGUUCCAGCCCAGACUCUGCAAAGGACUUCUCGGCCCCAGAGACGAACACAGCACCCCCAGAAGGGUGCAGCCUGAAAAGGAAACUUGGGGUUGGGGAACAGUCGAGCCCUUAUUUUAAAAGGGGCAAUAGCUGGAGAGGGUCCGAUGCCGAGCCCACAGUUGGAGCAGUCAAAAACAUCUCUCUGGGAAGUUUGGCAUCUAAGCUGUCCAGGAGGCGGUGUGCCCAGGGUGGUAAGGCGGGGCACAAGUGUGCUGAGAACUGUCUGACUCCAGGCACAGGGGACAGCGCCGGCGAGCACCACCUGGGAGACGCCACUCCGGAGGUCGUUUCCCAGAAAGAAAACAGUUUUCCUUUCCCAAGAUCUAAAGGACAGCACAGUCCCAACGGGACGUUAACAAGCGUGACUGGAACUCCAGGCAGAGCGGGAGACUGUGAUCCAGAGGCAGUCCGGGUUGGUUCAGAGGAUUCUACUCGUGUUUUAACUCCUUGGGGUGAUCUUGAUCGCAAUGACCUUGCCCUGCCACCAGGAGGGGGCGGCGAGCGGACCAAGAGCCCCACGGACCCAGUUCCCAAUCCCGGUCAACGUGCCGCGUGUUCAGCCACUCACGGUGAAGCAGGGAGCCGGGGGCUCUCGUCCGGCGAGCGCGUCCUGUCUGCUCCUGCAAAACCGACGCCAUUUAGGCGAAACCAGAAAUCCUCUUUUCGGAGAGGCGACACGAAACAGUAUCCCACGGAAGACUGUCCGGACUUCAGGAAUGAAACGGCUGGUGGCCACACAAGGCCUUCUGAAAGACUGACUUCUCGGAAUACAAGCGUCACUGUUUCCGGGACGCUCCCCGAUCCAUCUGGCUCUGCGGCGGACUCAGGAGGCCAUCCGUACUACCUCCGGAACUUUCUGACGGUCCUGCGAGCCGUGCUGGAGGAGUCGGAUGACGUGAGGCUGUUCGAUGAACACGAAUUGCUGCUCGCUGGUCAAUUCUACGCACUGUCAGGCGGUGGACAGAAGUUAUACGUCAGGCUCUUUCAACGCAAACUGAGCUGGAUAAAAACCAGCAAGCUGAAGUACGUCGAGAUCGGCGAUGACUUGUUCCCGUACAUCGAAGAGCUCGUUGGAGCCGGAUUCCUAGAGUCAGACUCGGAUCUGCGAGAUUUGGCCGAAGUGCUCGACCUGCUCUCUGCCCCCGAGUUGAAGACCUUGGCGCAGACGUUCCACCUGGCAAACCCGAACGCUCAGAAGCAGCAGCUCCUGGAGGGAUUCUUCAAGCUGGCGAAGCAGCGCUCCAUCUUCAGCAGCAAGGAAUCGGGCAUUGGGAGCGUGAUUCUGAAAAGGGCAAAGGAUCUGGCUGGGAAGUCCAUCCGGCUCUGCAAAGGCCCACGGGAUGUCUUCUCGCGGGUUCUGCUGCUCUUCACCCUGACGGACCCGAUGGAGGAGGAAGAGGCCGGGAGCGGCGGCCAGAAAGCGCUCUCCACCCUGCUGCUGGUCAACCUGGGCCGGACGGCUUUCCCGGCUUACACAGUCAAGCCAGAACAUCUGAUAUUUCAGGAUCGGGAGGACUUCCUCAGAUACGCCACCGCCGUGCACACCUCCAAUGACAUCGCUGUGGCCAUGGCGAAUCGAGACUGGGAAGAGGCGCACAGGUUGUACAAGGCUGCGGAGGACACCUGGCGGACGUUGGAGACGCAUCCUUCUCUGAGGCAUCACGCAGCCCUCCCAGAAUACCUCCGGUGCUUCACGUUUGGGUGGGUGUAUACCCGGAUCCUGUCUCGGGGUGUCGAGAUCUUGCAGAGACUUCGCAUGUACGAGGACGCCGUGGGGCAGCUCGAGGACCUCCUGGCUCAAGACGUUUAUUGCACCGACAGCAGAGGCCGUUGGUGGGACCGCCUGGCCCUUAAUCUGCACCAGCACUUGAAAGAGACAGAGAAGGUAAGGUCGCCAUCGCUGUCCUUGGACUCCCAAGAGCUCUCUCAGCCCCACCUACCUCACAGGGUGUCUGUUGUGGGGAGGGGAAGGGAGACUGUAAGCCACUGUGAGACGCUGAAUGAAGGGCGGGGUAUAAAUCCAAUCUCCUCUUCUUCCUCUCUUGCUCAGGUUACCAUCAAAGGAAAACUCUGCCCACAAACUGGGAUGGGGAAAUCGGUGUUCAUCACGGAAGACCCGGGACCGGAAGAUGGGGGAGAAGAUAACGAGCUGUCCGUGGUCGUGUGCUCUGUAGAGGAACUGGCCUUGGCCCACUACAAGCAGAAGGGCUUUGACCAAGGCAUUCACGGCGAAGGGUCGACGUUCAGCACGCUCUACGGGCUCCUGAUGUGGGACAUCGUCUUCAUGGAUGGAAUCCCUGAUGUCUUCAGGAACCCUUACCAGUCCUGCCCCCUGGAUCUGUACACCGACAGCUUUUAUGAGAACCGGAAAGAGGCCAUUGAAGCCAGGCUUCAGCUACUGCAUGCCGCUUCACCGGAAGCCCUGACGGAGUGGAUCGGCGAGGUCUGGAACGCCCAGAAGGGCAAAGCAACAGCGCUGGUCAGCUGGGAACGGUUCUCUUCCCUUGAGCAGGCCCAGAAUCUGGUGUGUUGCUUUGGAGGCCCAUUCCUGAGUGGCGUUUGCCGGCGGCUGUCCAGAGAUCUGCGCCACUGUAGGGGCGGCCUCCCUGACCUGGUUGUGUGGAGGACAGAAGACCGCCAGUUUAAGCUGGUGGAAGUGAAAGGCCCCAACGAUCGUCUCUCCCCCAAACAGAUGCUCUGGUUGGCUGAGCUGCAGCGCCUGGGAGCGGCCGUGGAAGUGUGCCACGUGGCAGCGAUCGGCUCAAAGAGCGAACGCCUGAGCUGAAGGACUCCGCCAUGCUGGCCGUGUCCCAGGCCCUGGCACCGAAUAAAUUUUCUCGCUGU